AUGACACCGGUGACGCCGCAUUCUGCUGUCCCACCGCCACCCCACUCCCAGCCUUACGGCGAAGACAGGCGGCAUAUGAGCUUCGACAACGGCCCGCAGCCGCCCGUGUACAGUAGGCAACCCAGCUAUCAGCCGCAGACCCCGGUGCCGCACCCUCAGUCCUACGACUACCCACCGCAGUAUGCGUCACACGGCGAACUCGCCUACCCGAUCCAAGUCGCCGCCGCCUCGGGGAAACGCAAGGCGCAAAGGGCGUCUCAGGCGUGCGAUAUGUGCCGGCAGUUAAAAGCCAAGUGCGACGAGCUCAAACCGUGCAAGAGUUGCAAGGAGAAGAAGGUUGAGUGCAAGUAUCGGGAGGCCGUCCCGAAGCAACAGGACAAGAUCGCAGGAGACAUUCUGGAUACGCUCUUGGCACUGCAGAGUAGAUUCGACUCGUUUGACCGGCGCAUGGGCGGGAUCGAGCGCGCGAUGUUGCGCAACGGAACAUCACUUGACAUACAGGCCGAGCCCCUGCACGACGACCACGAACGGCCCGACUCGGCGGAAUCGGCACCUCCCGCGGCCGAUGCUGUCGGCUCAUUAUCGCCGAGAGAACCAGCAGCAGACCGUGCCCCUAUCAACAGCGUCGAGGCGAGAUCAAUCACGCGUAAUAUGGAGGAUGAGAGAGAGGAGGUGGAACCCGGGCCCGUCGUGCGACCCGGUGUCCCGUCCAUUCCCAUCAAUCACACCACACUGGCCGCUUUUUUGCUCAAGUGGCGGCCCAUAUCUAUCCUCGUCCGGGAUAUCUUGGAAUCCGAGAACGUCAGAUACGUGGACGAGUUUCCGAUUCGCCAGGAAGAGAGGCGAGGCGUCCUCCGAAUCUGGGGGCGCGGCGAGGGCCUGGAGAGCAGCCUCCGAGUCGACAAGGCGGAUAGAGAGGCUCUCCGUGAUGUGGGUGUGAUGGAGAUGGCACUGGACGACGUAUCGGAGACGGGCGCGCCCUCUCCUGCCGAUUGCUGGGGCGGCAUCAGCGGCUCCCCUGGCCCGGUCGAUGGCAAGCCCGUCAUGUCAAUGCAGACUCCGGACUUUAGCGAAGCGUUGGUGUGGAAGUACGUCAAGAGCUUCCACGACAACAUUCAGAACAUGCAUCCGCUUAUAAUACCGCGCGAGCUAGACGCCAUGGUGAAGCUGUUCUUGGACACCGUCCAACAGAGCAUAAGCAGACAGCCGCAGAGCCGGAUCGCCAAGUUUGUGAGCACGUCGUCAUCACAGUCCGAGACCGGGUCCAAGAGGAAGCGGUCGCCUGCCCCGGACUGCGCCGAGUCGCCUUCGGUGUCGCCCAAGUCGUACAAACCCGCCUUCCAGCGGUCCAUCAACAACGCGCUCGUCUUAUUGGUGCUUGCGCUCGGAAAGAUAUGUCUGCACAAGGACAGGAUUCCCGAUGUGGUACCGGUCAGCGAGCCUCCCCCGCACGGCUCGCCUUUGGCGCGGAACGGGUACCCGGCGUCCCCAGUGCAGGGCUCCUCGCCCUCCCAGGCGUCCCACUCCCACUCGGCCGGCCUUCCUUCUCCCAAAGAGGGCUCUGAACGCCCCGGGCCCAAUAGGCGAGCCUCGUUCCCAGGGGGCGGUGCAUCCAUGAGGGGAGGGACAUCCCCGAAAAGGAACAUGGACGUGAUCCCGGGGUUGGACUACUUUGCUUACGCCACCGAUAUUCUCGGCGGACAAUUGGCUGGCAAUAGCCUCCGGCACAUCUACGCGUACCUCCUGGCAGGACUGUACCACGGGCAAUUGGGGAGGGUCUUGGAGAGCUAUGCUUACAUCAAGGAGGCCGGCUUUGCGUUGCAAAUCAAGAUGAGACCGAGCUUGGAUCGGUUUAGGAAGCUGCACGAGGUUGGCCGCCAGGACGCGGUGACGGAGAAGUCAGACAACCAACUCGUCUUUGCCUUCUGGACCUGUCUGCAACUCGAAAGUGACAUUAUCGCGGAGCUACCCCUGCCGCAAUCACACAUUUUGGCGUACGAGGACAUGAUGCCGUAUCCAAACAUCCAAGUGGCGAAAGGGCUAGGCUUCGACGAGCACGUGCUUCAAAGUUAUCUGGCGCAGUUGUACCUGCGCAAGAGGCUCAACCAAAUCCACGGGAUGCUAUACAACCCGGAGAAGCCGCUGCCGCUCAACGCCACGUCGGGGGCGCCUGGUGGUAACAUUAUCGACUACAUCCAGGAGACGAUCAGCAUGCGCUUCGUGCCGCCCGAGUUCAAGUUCGAGCCCAGCGAUCCACCGGCCGGGGAGAUCUUGUCUGCCCGGCUGCGCGCGAAGUACUGGGGGGCAAAGGUCAUCACAUACCGGCCCUUUGUUCGCCAGAUUCUCGAGUUCAACUUCCAGAAGAUGUCCAACGAGUCUCCUAUGCCCGCGUCCGAUUUCCGCUCUGGCGUUGUGGUGCCCGUCAUCGGCCCGAACAACGACAUUCCUCCGCAAAUGAUCGAGUAUGCAGUCAAGGGGGUCGGUGCUUUGAUUGAGAGUACCCGGGCGUUCCAUGGCCUUAGGGAAAAGCGAUAUGUGGUGACAAACAUUUUUGGAACUGCUCAUGCUCAAUGGGGCAACCUCCUCACCCUCGCGGCCGUUUUCCGGGACCCCACGCUCCACGGAUACAUCAACGAGCAGGUUCUCAGGGAGCUCUUUUUCAAGACUAUCUCCUUCUUCAGGAUCAUCGCGCCCCCAACAAGCGCGCUGCACGUCGACCUGCGGAUUUUGGAAGGCAUCGAACGGAAGCUCUGGGGGUCAUCCAGCAAUACCGAGGUAAUGGACCAUCCGACCGGGUCCAGUCUAUCGAGCUCAGCAAGCGGCGGACCCAUGGCCCCGGCAAUUUCGAUGCCGCCCGUCGCCGGGCCGGCCGGUCUUCGCUCCCCAGUUAAUCGCGUCAACAACGGGAUGAUGAGCAUGUCUCCGCCGUUGCCGUCGUCUCUUCCGGCGACGAUGCCCGGGGCGACAGCCCCGCUGGUUGUACCACCACCCCCCGAACCCGGCCAUGGGCCGCACCCUGGCAUGCUGCCUCCCAUGCAACCCCAACCGCCUCAUCACUGA